AUGAUGGACUCACAGGUGGUCCCUCCUCUUCCGCGCCAAUCGUCGUCUCGACAAACCGGCUCGCGACGGCACGACACGCACGACUUUCAUCUGCCCUCGAGCUCCCGCGGCACGCGUCACGCUUCCCCAAGUCGCCGUUCCCAGCAACCCCCCUCGAGCGCAUUGGGUGCCGACGUCAUAUCCUCGCUCAUCACCAGUCUCGACGUUGUUUCCAAACCGACCUCUCCCUCGAGUGACCGGCGGCCGCCUUCGACAUCGCCAAUACCCUCUCCGGUUCCGAAGUCCCCCUCUCCCGCCAACGGGUCCUUUGGCGUCGAAUACGGAGCCUACAGUUCACCAAAGCGCGAGGUGGCCGCUGCUGAAGACGUCAGCCUCGAUGACCUGGCGGCCUGCCCGCCCGUGAUCCGCACGGCAAAGCCCCCCUCGGGCUUCUCUCCCCUGACGGCCCCGAAAUCCCCACAAAGAGACCCGAGCGGAGGAGUCAAGUCGCUUCUGGGCGGGUCCCGUAGCGCCUCCCGGCCGUCUUCCCGAGGGUCGCAUACCUCGCGCGAUGCUGACACUCAGAGCAUUGGAAACCUCUCCGUGGAACCAGGGGAGAUUCCUCCUAUUCCUGAUCUCAAGAGGCGAAAGUCAUACACUGGUUCAUUUGACAGCUGGGGAAAGAAGCAGGGUCGGUCGAUGUACAUGAGCAGUCGUGACCGGCUACAGGACAAGGAAGACAAGAAGCGAAACGGUUCCGGCACAGCAGUCGGAGACCGAAGUUUUGGAAGCAAAAGCAAUCCCACCUCGCCUCAUCAAGAUCACUUCCUGGCCCAAAUACCGAUCAACGAAGAGUCUGGCAGCCCGUCCGUGGCGGUAAUUCCUCCUGUGCUUUCCCCCAGUAGCGAACGCACAUCAACGGAUUCGCCUGCCCUGGGAUCACCGCGGCCCAUACCCGACAGAAACUCGAGCCUACGCAAGACAGGUCCUAAACAAAGAUCGUCUGUCCGCCGAUCCGCAACCGCGAAUCGCGAUAGCCACACAACAAAGGCAAUUCCCGAGGUCGAGGAACGUAGUCACAGCCUUGCAAGAGCACGUUCAACGUCAAGGACAGGACGCAGAGCCCAGGAUACCGCAACGCCAACCCAGGCCGAAUCGGAUACUGACGUCUACCUACUCUACUCGAAAAUGGCUGCACUUCCGGAGCGCCCGCGAGCUCGCUCCAGGUCAAGGUCGGUUUCUCGCCCGCCGGAUGAUCGUCCACGACUUCACAGUCGCACUCUCUCAUACGACAUUGAUAUUGAGGAGGGUGCCCCAUCGCCUGCCAUUGCACAACGGCGCCGUAGAGAACGAAGUUUGAGUGUGGAUAAGAGAGGGUCCCGGCGCGAGUCGACAGAAAAUGGCCGCGCGAAGCGCUCAAGCAGCCGGCUGCGACGUUUGUCGAAGCAUGAGGGAGCGCCUUCGCCAACGGCUGAUGCGAAUCAUAUUGGAUAUGAACGCCCACCCAGUGCAGAUAGUAUCGAUGAUGCGGUGGAGUCGUAUCUGUGUUCGCCGAGGUUGUCACAAAAGAUCAAGCACCCACAGACUGGGCGUGUCAUCUCUUUCUCUGAGGUUGGCGACAGUGAGGGCAGCGCCGUCUUUUGCUGUGUGGGAAUGGGCCUCACUAGAUAUAUCACGGCUUUCUACGACGAGCUCGCCUUGACACUCAAGUUGAGACUUAUCACCCCUGACCGGCCCGGCGUCGGCGAUAGUGAACCGUACCAAGACGGCACCGCUACGCCUCUGAGUUGGCCAGAUGAUGUAUAUGCAAUAUGCCAAGCGCUCAAGAUCACCAAGUUCUCCAUCUUGGCGCACUCGGCAGGCGCCAUAUAUGCGCUCGCCACAGCGCUGCGAAUGCCCCAGCACAUCAGGGGUCGGAUCCAUCUCCUGGCCCCCUGGAUCCCGCCGUCGCAGAUGUCGGUCUUUGGUGCAUCGGCACAGACGCCCCUACCGCCGAGCAACGCGAUUCCGACGUCUCAGCGCAUCCUCAGGGCGUUGCCCACGCCAUUCCUCAAGGCGGCCAACAGCUCGUUCAUGACGGCCACGAGCAGCAGUAUUACUUCCAGCCUCCCAAAGACACCACGAAAAAAGCGUAAGAAUGGGCAAAACGUCGCCAAGGACAGGGAAAAGGAGGCCGCUGCGAGAUCGCAGGCUCAGCAGCAUCAAAAUGGCAGCCCGCUUCCACCGCCUGGCGUCUCGGACAGCAACAAAGAGAACCAAUUGCAAGAUGACGAUGGCGAAAGGAUUCCCGGUCUUGUGCGGGGUGACAUUCCGGCUACUGGGGACAUGGACUUCUUCAGGCCUUCGCCGAUGGCGGGUUCAGCUGAGGGAGGGGUACAUAAAAAGGUUUCCUCUAUGGCAUCGCAGCGCAAUGCGGCAGCCAGGGAAGCAGCGGUACUAGCGGCAGCCGCCUCUGCCAUUGCGGACAAGGAGAGGCAGGCGACGUACGACACGCGGUUGACACAUGCGAUCUGGGAGCUAGCCACGACCGGGGCCAACCCCGCGGUGGAUCUGCUCGUUUGUCUCGAGAGGAGGAACACGAUCGGGUUUCGAUACGUCGACAUUACUCGGCCAGUGAUCAUACACCACGGGACAAGGGAUACACGCGUACCGGUCGACAACGUCCUGUGGCUGGGUAAGACGAUGCGCAGGUGUGAGGUCCGGGUGCUCGAGGGAGAGGGUCACGGGCUCAUGGCGAGCGCGUCCGUCAUGGGCGGCGUGCUGAUGGAGAUAUCGAAAGAGUGGGAGGACUGGACCCGCAUCACGGGUAUUGCUGCCAGGAGGACGGCGGCCGAGAGAGAAAAGACCAUGGAGGUUGGAGUGGCGCGGUAA